UUGUAACACCACGUGUUCGCCUUGAGAGCGUCCGAGAUUUCGUGAGCGGGUUUUGUGAAGUCUUACGGGCAGCAAUAUACUUCGCUAGGUUGAACAUUUUUGAAAAUUUUCCGUGACAAAAAUGUGGGAGAAUGUACCUGAUUUUCUGGAGCUAUUCAGGAACUUUCCUGUUUCCAUAUCAGUUCUGUUUGUGGUGCCAAUAGUCCUUCUGAGCGGCCCCGUUUCACCUGUCAUGGCUGCGCACGAGUUUCCCGUAUUCAGAAUGCAACAAUUUGACCUUCACCAAACUCAAAGCGGAUCUCGCAGCUCACUGGUUAACAUGGAAGCACGACCCUUGACCUCUGACAUGUUAACAAGACGUUGUGUGGUGACAAGGCUAUCAGAUCUCACCAUUGACAGAUUUAAGGAUGCUGUCCAAACCUUUGGGGCAGGCGCAGUACUGAUUCUGCUCCCAAAAAAUACAUCUGUGGCCUCCCUUGAUCAGCUGGAGGAGUGGCAGCAGCUGGAGAGAGAUCUAUUAACCAUUGAGGUUCCAGUGGCUGUAUAUUUUGCUUAUGAAGACAAAGAGUUAUCAGAAAUUUAUGAUGAUAUCAAAACAGCUGUGACCAGUGAUCAAGCUGGUUCAGCAUUUGAAGCUUUACUUGGAGUUGCUUCAGCUAGUGGGUAUCAAAUGGUUGUGAAUGUUGGAGAAGCCAAACAGAUAAAAGAUGCAGCUAUUACAAGUUUACAGGGGAAGUUGUCAGGAAUGGGAAUUGAUGAACAACUGCCCACAAUUGCUGUUGUAGCUCACUAUGAUGCUUUUGGUAUAGCACCGAGUAUUUCAUUUGGAUCAGAUGAUAAUGGUAGUGGGGUUGUGGCUCUCCUAGAAUUGGCAAGAUUGUUUUCAAGGCUGUAUGCAGAUCCUAGAAUGCAAGCAAGAUACAAUUUGGUGUUCUUUCUCUCUGGUGGAGGAAAGUUUAAUUAUCAAGGGACAAAAAGGUGGCUGGAGGACAAUCUGGAUAAUCCAGAAACAAGUGUACUCAGUGACGUGGACUAUGUGUUAUGUCUGGAUAGCAUUGGGAAGACAGAUCAUAUGUUUUUACAUGUUUCCAAACCUCCAAAAGAAGGAACUCCUGCAUUUGCCUUAGUAGAGGAAUUUAAAAUGGUAGCAGAAGAAAUUUUUAAGGACCUUAAUUUUACUAUGGUCCACAAGAAAAUUAACUUGGCAGAGGAGACAUUGUCGUGGGAACAUGAAAGAUUUUCUCUGCACACACAGCGUCUUCCAGCUGGUACAUUAUCUCACCUGGCUGACCCACAAGUUUUAGGAAGAUCAUCAAUCUUUGAUGUUAGAUCGUCUGAGAAUGAUGGGAAAUUAAAUCGUAAUGUAGAGUAUAUUGCUGAAGUUCUGGCUAGACAUGUUUUUAAUUUAACAACAAAGGGUUUCUCUAAGAAUAUGAGAGUGUUCAGUGCUUCAAUGGCUGUAGAUUCACAUUUUGUGAAAACAUGGAUGGACUAUCUUGGAUCCCAAGCACGAGCUGCUCAGCUGUUCCAUAAAGACCACCCAUUUCUUACUGGAUUAGAACAGACUUUCUCAAAAUUUGUCAAAGAUGUUAAGAGAUUCACAGCAAAAGCUGAUAAAAGGGACCCUGAGUUUGUCUUCUAUGAUCGGCCAGACACAAAGAUGUUUGCAUACAGGGUGAAGCCAGCCGUCUUUGACUUGUUUCUAGCACUUGGCAUUGCAUCAUAUCUGGGAAUGUUCUAUCUUGCUCUUGCGAACUUCAAUAUUUUAACUGAAAUUCUUCCGAGACCAGUGUCAAAUAUGAAGGCCAAACAACCUUGAACAAAGUAAGCAGGACUGGAGAUAUAAGAGCCUGUCUUUUUUCAUGAAUGGACUAUGUCAGAUACAUGUCUUGUUUCAUGCUAUUGAUUGGAGAUCAAGAAAUCCUUGUAGCAUUGUAUUGUAUUGUUUUUUACUUCCCUGUUUUUACAGCAUUGGAAAGACAUUAAAACAUUCCAAUCAAAGUCGUA